CGGGUGAUGGCGUCAUGACGCCAGACCGGUGGUGGAGUAGUUGCUGGAAGGUUCGGGCGGCGCGGUGGAUGCCGGGAGGUUUUCCUGACAGCCGACAAGAUGAUGUCUGCACCGGUUAUCCUCCUCAAGGAGGGGACAGAUACUUCGCAAGGGACUCCACAGCUGGUCAGCAACAUUAAUGCCUGUCAGGUUAUUGCUGAGGCCAUUCGAACCACGCUGGGGCCACGUGGGAUGGACAAACUGAUUGUGGAUGACAGAGGGAAAGCGACCAUUUCAAAUGAUGGGGCCACCAUCUUGAAGCUGCUCGAUGUUGUUCAUCCAGCUGCAAAGAUCCUCGUAGAUAUUGCAAAAUCACAGGAUGCUGAGGUGGGCGAUGGGACCACUUCAGUUACUCUGCUGGCUGCAGAAUUCCUAAGGCAGAUAAAAUCGUAUGUGGAAGAGGGGCUUCACCCACAGAUAAUUAUCCGAGCCUUUCGUACAGCCACCCAGCUGGCUGUGGAAAAAAUUAAAGCCAUUGCUGUAACUGUGAAGAAAGACGACAAGGAGCAACAACGAGAGCUCCUUGAGAAAUGUGCGGCUACGGCCCUCAGCUCCAAGCUGAUUGCUUUGCAGAAAGAUUUCUUCUCCAAGAUGGUGGUAGAUGCGGUGAUGAUGUUGGAUGAUCUCCUCCCACUGAAAAUGAUUGGAAUGAAGAAAGUUCAAGGAGGUGGUUUGGAGGAAUCUCAAUUGAUUGCUGGUGUCGCCUUCAAGAAAACGUUCUCUUACGCUGGAUUUGAAAUGCAGCCCAAGAAAUACGACAGGCCAAGGAUUGCCCUACUGAAUGUGGAACUGGAACUCAAAGCUGAGAAGGAUAAUGCAGAGAUUCGGGUGGACAAUGUUGAGGAUUACCAGGCCAUAGUUGAUGCUGAGUGGAAUAUUCUUUAUGAUAAGCUUGAGAAGAUCUACCAGUCCGGAGCGAAGGUUGUGCUGUCGAAGCUUCCCAUUGGAGAUGUGGCAACCCAGUAUUUUGCUGAUAGGGACCUGUUCUGUGCUGGCAGAGUACCAGAAGAAGAUCUCAAGCGGACCAUGAUGGCUUGCGGUGGUUCCAUUCAGACCAGUGUUAAUGCCAUGACAGAGGAUGUGUUGGGACAGUGUGAGCAGUUUGAGGAGGUCCAGGUUGGAAGUGAAAGGUACAAUUUUUUCACUGGGUGCCCCAAGGCCAAGACAUGCACGAUCAUUCUUCGAGGAGGCUCCGAGCAGUUCAUGGAUGAGGCAGAGCGCUCCCUUCAUGACGCAAUCAUGAUUGUCAGGCGGGCCAUCAAGAACGACUCUGUGGUUGCGGGGGGAGGUGCCAUUGAAAUGGAAAUCUCCAAGUACCUGAGGGACUAUUCUCGAACCAUCCCUGGCAAAGCGCAGCUUCUAAUCGGGGCAUACGCCAAGGCCCUGGAGGUGAUCCCACGGCAGCUGUGUGACAAUGCUGGGUUUGACGCCACCAACAUCCUCAACAAGCUGCGUGCCAAACAUGCCCAGGGAGGAAUGUGGUAUGGCGUGGAUGUCAACAACGAGGACAUUGCAGAUAACUUUGAGGCCUGCGUCUGGGAGCCAUGUGUAGUGCGGAUCAACGCCCUUACCGCUGCGUCAGAGGCUGCGUGCCUGAUUCUGUCUGUGGAUGAGACCAUCAAGAACCCACGCUCCACUGUAGAUUCCUCAGCUCUGCCCAAGGGUCGGGGCAGAGGCAGGCCCCUGGGUCAUUGAGUCAGCUCUGCAUAGCUCUACUAGGGCAGACCCAGCACUGAUUGCAUUCCAUCAGCAGCCCUUCUGCGGCCACACAUAAAGUUUUUGUGUGGCAGGCCCCUUAUGAGUGAUCUUGUGCUUGGGGGCAGUAUUCUGCAGAGAUCUUCCAACUUUCAGCUCUAUUUAUUGUUUUCAUCAUUUGUAUUUCUGACAGAAGCAUGUCUGAGAAAUAAAGUUCCAGUUUCAACAA